GUUGGUCAGUGUACAGGCAUCGCACCAAGAGGAGUGAUGACUAGGGUGGGUGAGGUCCUCACGCUGGUGGUGUUGGCGGCAUGGGCGGCCAUCAACACUCUCACCAAUGCCGCCCCUCUCCAACACCCACUGCCACCCAUAGUUCAACUUGCCCUCGACAAGGUGGGUCAGAGGACAGGUGGUGGUGACGUGGCAGAUGGCUCGUCACUGUGGCAAACGGUGUUCAAGUUGGACCAGUUGUUGCAACGACCUAAUGAAUACAAUACCCCGAUGUGGGAGUCUGGGGAGGAGGACGACCAGCUCUCUAGGCUGUUGUACGAGGUUCAGGAGAACUCACUGGAUGGCAACACCGACCUAACAGAGGAAACACUGCUCCGUUACCCCAGAAAUACCAAGAAAAGUCUGGCAAAAAGAGACAACAGGGAGACACAACUGAGUAAUGAGGAAGAGGAGGAGGGGAAGAUUACAGAUGUGACAAGCAAUGAAAGUAGAGAAGACCGACAGAAGCGAAUGGCGCGAAGAAAAAGCCAUGAGAGAGAACGCAGCAAGGAGAAGAAAUGCAAGCCGAAGAGAGGGAGAAGACCAGGGAGUAGAGAGAGGAGACCACGACCAAGAAGCAGAGAACGACCCAGACCAAGCCAAGAGAUGUGUGUAGAUGAUACUACUACGACGACCUCUACUACCACCCCUACUACUACAACUACUUCAACUACGACCACAACACCCUCUACUAGUACUUCAACUACUACAACACCCUCUACUACUACUUCAACUACUACAACACCCUCUACUACUACUUCAACUACUACAACACCCUCUACUACUACUACUACAAGCUCCACUACCACCAGUACGACUCCUUCAACCACCACCUCAAGCACUACCACCCCACCGAGAUAAGGUGUGAUAUCCUGCUACAGCUAGACACAAGACAGACACAAGCAGCAGUGGAGGAAGAGUUUGUGUAAGAAGUGUAUGAAGUAAACGAUAUACAACCGCCAUAUUAAAACGUCCGUAGACACCAUGUACUGGAGAACACUAUCAUGACCCUCUUGUGUUUUCGGUCCUUGAUAAUUACUGUAUGACGUCCUCUUGUUUGAGUAGACGAUUGAUUGAUAUCUUCUUCAACAUUCUCUUUCUCUUCUUUUGCUUCCUCCUCUAGGUUUUUCUUCAUCUUCAACAUUGUAAUCUUAUUCUUCUUCAACAUUCUCUUCCUCUUCUUUUGUUUCUUCCUCUAGGUUUCUCCUUCCUCUUCAACAUUGUCUCCUUCUUCAACAUUCUUUUUUCUUCGUCAACAUUUUCUUCUUCCUCUUAAUCAUUUCUUCUGCCUAUCAACAUUUUCUUCUCUUUCAUCUUGUACCUUCUUAUUUUCAUUUCUUCUCCCGCCAUCUACAACUGUCAUCCAUCCAUCCCCGUACCCUAACCUAACCUAACCCUUACCCUAGGUAGCGUUUAAUCUUAAGGUGAAAUAAGCUGGGUGGCGGCUAAUCUUUAAGGUGAACAUUUUACUUACAAGGGAGGCAGGCAGCUUACUCAAUCCUUCCUAGGCAAGACGUAAAGAAAAGUAGAGUAAGAUUUUCUAAACUCUUUCCUCUUUUAUUAAGUAAGUAAAUAAUGUAGCUGAGUUUACUUUGACUUUACUUUACCUUGUUUGUGUGUUAUGAGAUUUACUUAGUUUUGAAUCAAUUAUUGUGUUUAUGCAGAAUUUUAUAAUAUUUCUGUUUUAUUUGACUGUUUUGUGAGGUAUUGUAUUUUAUUAAACAAUAGUUCUCGGA